UGUCGUCCCCCGCCCCCCCCUUUUACUGUUUGUUCCUUUUACAGUCUAGACGUCAUUAGGAGGCGUCUACGUCAUUAGGAGAGGCGGAACGGGGAGAGGGAAAAGCCAGGAAGUAGCUUCAUUGUUUACGAACACGGCAAGAGGAAGAUGGCGUCGGUAGAGGAUCUUGGUGUUUCUUCGCCUGGGAUGGUGAGAGAAGAGGAGAGGAGAGUGUUGGGGAGGAAAUGGCCGACCAAGAAAGGAGAAGGAUGAGGAAGCUUCACGGCUGAGGGCGCCUCUGAACUGGGGAAGGGAGAGGUUUGAGAGGAGGGGAUGGUAGAUAAAGGGAUCGACCUGGAGGUGAGGAGGUGCUGAGGAACCCCGAGGCAGGAGCUGAUGGCGAAGGGAUGUUUUUGGGGAUGGGGAAAGCCGGAUCUUUUAAUCUCUCUUUAUCUCUCUUGUCACUGCUGCGGGAGGUACAGCAUGGACGGGAAAUGGCUCUGGCAUUGUCAGGGAGGAGACAUUUAUUGAUUUCCUUUUAUAAGAGCUUAUAGCCUACGCUUCUGAGCCAUACAAAUUACUCGGGGUAACUUAAAAUAAUUAAAAUUGCAAUGUCACCCUAAAUAGAGCCAUGUGAAAUAAUGUUGUAGAGAAUUCCAGUUUGAUCUUUUCCGCAGCUUCUCUAAAAGCUUUUCCGCAGCUGCCUUAAUGCGGACAGCAGCAGGAGGUCUGUGUUGGGAACACUUUAAUGUAUGUGGCAUCAUGACCAGUCCAAGUAGUUCAGAUGCCUUGUUGCAACUGAAUAUGCAUUGCCAGCACUGGGGGCUAUUUUCAUGGAUUUUGCUUUUUCUUGUGCUCUUGUGUUUGGGGGGUCUUGUUCACUUUCUCUAUUUUUCAGUCUGCCUAACAUGAUAGGUGAGGUGUGCUAUAAAUAUCAUCAUUGAGCUUCCUCUUUCGUUGUUGUUACUGCUAAGGACAGCUUUCUAAGGACAUAGCUUGAAAGCUUCUGUGGUCCUACAUUGUUCUUGUGGAAAUGUACAUGCUUAAUGUUUUUUGGAUGCCUUAAUAGAACUUUUCCAUGGUCCUGAGAGUAUAACCGUUCCUUAUAUUCGUAUACUAAACACUUAAUCUCAAAAGCAGAUCUUUCUUUUCUAACAUGUGUGGGUGACUUUUCAGGCUACUUCUGACACAUCAGAAGAACCUGCUUCCAUUACAACAGAAGAGAUGGCUGCACAGAAGAGAGAGGAGCGACUUAGGAAAUUCAGAGAGCUUCAUUUGAAAAGGGUGAGAUCUCUCAUUAUGGGGUUGGUGCUAACAGUUCUGGUCCCUGCUUGUUAGCUUGGAGGGAGUGCAUAUGUAGCAGUAAACCAGCAUGAGAAUUUACAUCCUAACAAUUGCUUAGGGGCUCCACUAAAAUGGGUUUUUAAAAUGCAGGUUUGAGUCAGAAAAAAAUCAGUUUGCUUUGGGAAAUUUUCUGAUGCCUUAAAUCAGGUGUGGGGAACCUUUAGCCCUCCAGAUGUUGGUAAACUACAAUUUCCAGCAUCCCUGAUCAUUGACCAUGCUGGCUGCAGCCGAUGGGAGUUUUAGAUCAGCAACUUAUGGUGGAUCAAAGAUUUCUGACUUAGAGACGCCUGCCCUAGAGGAUGAUCUUCUUUAGCAUGUUUGUUUUACUUGUAGUAAACUCGUGUUUUCUAAACAUCUUUCUGGUUUCUUCUCCUUUUUAAAAGAAUGAAGCCCGCAAGUUAAAUCACCAGGAGGUUGUGGAGGAAGAUAAAAGGCUGAAAUUGCCAACAAACUGGGAAGCAAAAAAGGCACGUUUAGAAUGGGAACUAAAAGUGGAGGAAAAGAAAAAGGUAAGCAAACAGUUGUCCCUUCCCUGGCCAAUGGAUGUGGUCAGGUUGGUCUCCCCCUUGAUGAUAUUCUUGGGAGGCAGGGGGCAGUCUUCUAGUGGUCCCAGGUCCUCUUACCAAUGGCAGGAGCCAGAGUGCAUCCCUCCAGUAACUGUGCAUGGGCGUACAGUCUUGGUUAUAUUUUGACAGGCAGAACGCAUUUAGCCUUGGGAAAGUUCACUGUGCUGAAAGAGAACCCGUUUCAAAAUAUCAAUAUGUUCUUGCUGUGUGCUAGGAGUGUGUGGCAAAAGGAGAAGAUUAUGAGAGAGUGAAACUGUUAGAAAUCAGCGCAGAGGAUGCCGAACGAUUUGAGAGGAAGAGGAAGAAGAAAAAUCCUGAUCUUGGAUUUUCUGGUAAGAAGGUGUUUGGCCGCAUCUGUUCCAGCCAUUGAGUGUGAAUAAAAUCAAGAGCUUUUAUUAACAAGUGAUUAUGUUUAGUAGUACAAUAGACUUUUUUUUUUUUUACUUCAUAGAUUAUGCAGCAGCUCAGUUACGCCAGUACCAGAGGUUGACCAAGCAGAUCAGACCUGACCUGGAGAAAUAUGAAAAACUCAGAGAAGAAAGGUAAGUCUUAUUUUGUCUGCCCCAUAUUAUUAGUAUUAGCAUUAUUAACAUUUAUUUGUCACUUACAUCAAGUGUGUCAGAGUGACUUACAAUUCUAAAAUUGUAAAAUUCUGCUUUUGACCUUUAAAGCCCUUCACGGCCUAGGACCUUCGUACCUACGGGACCGCCUCUCCCGGUAUGCCCCACGGAGAGCCUCAAGGUCCAUAAAUAGCAACACCCUAGUGGUCCCGGGCCCUAAGGAAGUUAGAUUAGCUUCAACCAGAGCCAGGGCCUUUUCAACAUUGGCUCCGGCCUGGUGGAACGCUCUGCCUCAUGAGACCAGGGCCCUGCAGGAUCUGAUUUCUUUCCGCAGGGCCUGUAAGACAGAGUUGUUCACCUGGCCUUUGGCUUGGAGCCAAUUUGAUUCCCUCCCUCCCACUCUUUCUUUUUUCUUUUCCUUUCUCCUCCUGCGAUGAGGCUACAUUUUAACAUUUUUAAUGUUUCAAUAUUUUAAUGUUGUAUUUUAAUUUUGUUUUUAAGUUGUAAUCAUUCAACUUGUUUUUAUUAUUGCUUGUUAGCUGCCCUGAGCCCGGCCUUGGCUGGGGAGGGCGGGGUAUAAAUAAAAAUUAUUAUUAUUAUAUAAAAAGCAUACAAAUGCAAAAAUUAAUACAGCAUCUUAAGAAAAGACAUAAGUUCUGGUACCUUGGAGAAUAACUUGAAGGAGCUGGGUUCCUCCUUGUCCUUCACAGAGGCCAUCAGUUCCUAAUGCCUCGUGAGGUAGAGGUGCAGCAGCAGACAGCAAAGAAUUGCUAUUUCCACUCAGUGCUGCUACUGCCAGGCAUGCUGUGCACCUCCACUUCUCGCAAAAGGGUAAUUGGUUGCAACUGCUCUGUGAGAAAGAGCAGCAGGACCAUCUGCACUUGGGUGAUUGUAUCAACUGGACCCUUGUGAGAGAACCUGCUGUGGCUAAAUGGACAGGUCCCAGCUAAGCUUCAAAAGGUCAAGGCAACUGUCUAUUCUUCUUUGGCGAUCACUCAUAGCGGAGUAAGAUUGUCUUCCAUAAACACAGUUUUAGCAAUGAGUCCAUAAGUGACUGUGGAGACCAAUUCUGGAUCCACACGCCCUUCCACAGUGGGGACAUUUGUUUCCGGGCAGGAGUUUAUCACGGUGUGGAUCUGCCAAGCGUGCCUUCCUCUUAGCACGUUUCUCCCUUGUGCCCUGGGUUCGAGUGUCUUCAAAGCCCAUCUAUACACAAUGUCUGGCUACAGUUGUACUUCGUUUUGCGGCCUGGAUCCAUUCCAUAGCCCUAGCCGCUAGCUGAAAAGGACACAGGGUGAAGUGCCGUGUUUGCGCACGCGCGCGGAGCAGUUUGCGUUUAUGCGCAUGCGCGGAGCGCAAUUUAGCUCUUCUGUACAAGCAGCAAACCUGGAAGUACCGUAUUUUUCGCUCUAUAGGACGCACUUUUUCCCCUCCAAAAAUGAAGGGGAAAUGUGUGUGCGUCCUAUGGGGCGAAUGCAGGCUUUCGCUGAAGCCUGGAGAGCGAGAGGCGUCGGUGCGCACCGACGCCUCUCACUCUCCAGGCUCCAGGAAGCUAUCUUCAAGCCUUGCGCACCCGGGGGGAGUUCCCCCGGGCACGCAAGGCUUGCGGGCAGCAGCCUGCAGCACGGGGCGCCCUCCGCAGGACCCCCGUGCUUUGCGCAGGUGUCAGCAAGCCUUGCGCACCCAGGGGAUCUCCCCCCCCGGGAGCGCAAGGCUUGCGGGCGGCAGCCUGCAGCGCCGAGCACGGGGCGCCCUCCGGAGGACACCCCGUGCUUCGCGCAGGUGUCUGCAGCCUGCCGCCCGGCGGGUGGGGCGCCCUGAAGCAGAGCGCCCCUCACGCCGGGCAGACAUGGGCCAGCCUCACAAGCUCGGGGGACAACGGGGAGGCGCAGCGCUGCCAUCCCACUGUUCCCCGACCUGGUUUUGGGGGGGAAAUAAAGGGGGAAAAAUUUCCUUUAUUUCCCCCCCCAAAAAGUAGGUGCGUCCUAUGGAACGAAGCGUCCUAUGGAACGAAAAAUACGGUAACCUGUUCCGGUAUUUCCGGGUUUGCCGCAGAUGUUCACCUGAAUGGACGCUAGACAAGGCAGACGUUCAGGGAGGUAUUACUGUACUUGUUUCAGUAGGAAAAUCUCUUGCCCCCAUUAACUGAUUAGAGACUUGCUGGGCAUGAAAUCUAGAAAACAUGUAUGUUAAUACUGUCAGUAAUGGACUGGUAAAAGUGUCUGGGUUUGUUUCCCCCCCCCCCCCCAUUCAGUGGCGAAGAUUUAUUUCCGACUUCAAAUAGCCUUCUCCACGGAACUCACGUGCCAUGUAAAGAAGGGGUUGAUAGAAUGGUUUCGGAUCUUGAAAAACAGUAAGUACAAAAGCAAAUGAAACAUUAACUAAUUACAAUGUCGGAGCUUUUUAAAAGAACUUUGUGAGCAUCUUGUCCUGUAUGACACCCCCACCCACCCACCGCACACAAAUGUUGAGAUCUGUUUAUGAAGUCCAGCUCCAGCUUCCACCCUUUUCAGCCAUUUAGUUCAUCCUUAUGAGUGGCAAAGCUUUUUCAGUCAUAGCCUCAAAACCUGGGAGGCCGUUCCAUUGAAACUCCAUCUGUCUCUCUGUUCUCCUUUUUUUUUCAAAGACAAGUAAAAACAUUUUUAAAUAGUCUUUUAAAGUAGUCAGGUCUUUUAAAUAGUCUCCUGCUAUUUGGGUUUUUUGACAAUUUGACUCUUAAUUGACUUUAAUUCUGUUGACUUUAAUUCUUAUUUAAACUCCUUUGAGCAUUUGGAGCUGAAAAAGUAGUUGUGCAAAAAAAGAAAAAUCAUCCUUGAACAGAUGUUUGCAUUAGGCACAGUCUCACUGCAUUAAUUUUCCUUCCAGAAUCCAAAAACGUGAAAAAUACAGCCGGAGACGAUCAUACAAUGAUGAUGCUGAUAUUGACUACAUUAAUGAAAGAAAUGCCAAGUUCAACAAGAAGGCUGAGAGGUUCUAUGGGAAAUAUACUGCAGAGAUUAAACAGAAUUUGGAAAGAGGAACAGCUGUCUAAGCUAGAAAGUUCCAGAGGCAGGUUCAGCACUGUAGCCGGCCUGGUUUUUCAAAAAUUCCCUAAGUGUAAAACCUGUUUUGCAAAAGCACCUUGAACUGUAAACUAAGGUAGUACGAACAUUAAGCUAGUCCAAGAAGUAUUGCUCCUCAAGAACAAAUUUGUCUUGAACAUAAGUAGGUAUGUAACCAUCGAAAAACCAUCAUUUGAAUUUUGGCAGAGAACCCCUUUUCUGUUCCUUUUCAUAUCUUAAGUCUAGGUUCCAGCUAAAGCAAAUUUGUUUCAGGUUUUUUUUUAUGUAUCUGAGGUUUCCGUGAAAACCACUGCCUUUGUAUAUGCUAAAAGGCUGCAUUUUUACUCAAGCUCAAAUGUAAACCUGUAAGUUGUAUGUUGGUUUGAUUAAAUUAGUUAUCCAACUAUGUAAAAUUUUUAAAAAAUGGAUUAAUUUUGACUCACCAGAGGUUUUUGUUUGGCCUGCGAAGCCAUUUUCCAAGCCAUAUCCACCUGCCUGUCAACAGUUGAUUUUAGUUGAUGGGCAAGAGGGCUGAAUUAAAUCCUCCCUUGGUUAUGCACACAUACUCCCAGCAGAGAACAGGUGUCUGCAGCCAAGACAGAAAGCUGAUGAGCAGGGGUCAAAUCCUGCUCAGCUUGGCAGGAUUCCAUGCCAGCACCUUCCUAAUUCAGGAUGCAGUUUGCAGAGAAAUCCAGCUAAAAGCUUUUCCCCUUUAACAGGAUUCCAGUACAAACUUCUUCCUGCGCUUUGAAGUUCCACCUGUCAAAUUUGGCCCACCAGGGCUGGGGAGAUGAAAACUUUGGCCACUGGCCGAAAAAGGAUCCUCACCCCUGUUCUUGUGGUAAAUCGGAUAGUGCAGAACUCUGCCUGGUUUGCUGACUAAGUGGAAAUGUGUGGUGGUGGUAAAGGAGCCAAGUGGUGGUACAAAGAAAAAUAUGAAGAGUUAGGGCUGUUCUUUCCAAAGUAGGCAAAUCAUUUCCAUAGCCCUGCCUUUGAAGCAAGUGGGAUUAACUUAUUCCUGAAUAGCCAAAUGUGGUUAGCAGGCACCAAAGUGUGAUUUAACAAUAUGGGGUUUGUGCUUUUAGAAAUGCAAAAUUAUGUACUGUUAUAUGUACCCAGUUCUCCAAUAUUGCUUUUAUUGAAGAACAUUGGUUAUUUGCCCGGAUGUUCUUUCAAGUGGACAAACAGGAGGCCCUUAGAAAACAAAUGGCUUAACACCUCCCAAUGCCUAGGAGCGGCAGGGACAUGUGAUUAAACCUUCAGUAACUGGCAACUCCCUCCAGUUUCCAUGCUAACGAAAGAGCAGUUUAGAAGGAUCAGAAAAAGGGAAGCCUAAGCAAUAAAUGAACCCCCCUAACUUGGGGGUGGGGGUGGAAAUGGAGUUUUGUGGCUGCUAUCCUGUGCCUCAGAAGGGAAUAAUGACAUCAUUGAAGAGGAUCAUGUGUUACAAGUCAUAAGGGGGGAAAAUGGACUGGAGGACCUCCUGCACGCCCACUGAUACAUAACCUGUGUUUUAUUCCCUGGUAUGAAUGCAGGACGACUCCAGAAUAUAACAAGAGUUGCCUAAUCUCACAGCAAUGCCCAAUAGGGCUCUUGGGGGUGGCCAUGCACUCAUGAAGGUUGCAGCAUGUAUUUGUCACACAUGAAUUGCCAGAAGAUACCUUCCUUAUAGGUGACUUGGAGAAACGGACUCACUGCUUUGUUCAGUUUUAGAAUUCCUACUAUUGUAAAGUGAAAGCUAGAGAAGGAAGCUGCUGCUAAAUUUGCCAGACACGUAUGUAAAACCUGGCAUCACAUACCAGGUACUCCACAGUCUGGCCAGUGGCACCUAUUGAUGAAUGUUGAUAACUGUCAAUACACACGCAGUUCUUGUAUUUGAAAUAAAAAUAGUUUAUAGUUUUCAUAAGU